AUGGGCUCUACGCCAGCUUUGGACCUACAAGCCACACCCGAGGACUCUGGUGAGGCAAGCGCCGCAAACAGGUCAAAGGAGACGCUUUGCUUGGCUGAUGACCACGAGGAUGAUAACGACCCGGCCCGGUUGACGACCCAACCGAAUGACUCAAACCACCCAUCGGCACACGAGACCCUCAAGUACUCUCUUCUCGGCCCUUCAUUGCUCAAAGCAGGACAGGAGUCGGUUGACCAGUCUAAACUAGAAAAUGGGCGCGACCUCUCGCAGUUCAUUGUGCACGUUGACUGCGAUGCCUUCUACGCAUCGGUAGAGCUUUUGGACCGCCCAGAGCUGGCGGACGUGCCCUUUGCCGUGGGCAGAGGAGUUCUUUCGACUUGCAACUAUGUCGCGCGCAAGUUUGGAUGUCGAAGUGGUAUGGCGGGCUUUGUGGCAAAGAAGCUAUGCCCACAGCUCGUGCUGCUAAAGCCUGAUUACACAAAGUACAAUGCGAAAGCUCAGGAUAUCAGACAGAUCCUGGCUGAGUAUGACCCUCGUUUCGAGAGUGCCAGCAUUGACGAGGCGUAUCUUAACAUCACACAAUACUGCUCUUCGAACAACAUGUUGCCCGCUGCAGCGGUGGAGAAACUUAGGCAGGAGGUUGCUGAAAAGACUAAGAUCACUGUAUCUGCAGGUAUCGCGGCCAACACCCGGCUCGCCAAGAUUUGUUCGAAUAUGAACAAACCCAACGGACAGUUCAUUCUACCUAACGAUCGAGCCGCAAUCCUGGACUUUAUGAAAAUGCUACCCUGCCGCAAAGUCAACGGCGUUGGCAGGGUCUUUGAAAGAGAGCUCGCGGCGCUCGGCAUCAACACUUGCGGAGACAUAUUUGACCAGCGAAUGUUUCUCAGCCAAUUAUUCGGGAACAAGGCCUGUCACUUUCUUGUCCAGUGCUACCUGGGCCUUGGAAGAACAAGGGUGCAGCCAGCUGAGGAGUACGAGCGGAAGAGUGUAGGCACCGAAAGCACCUUUGCAAGUAUUUCGGACAUUGGCCAGCUACGCCAAAAGCUGCGGUGGACAGCAGAGGAACUUGAAAAGGACCUGAAACGCGCCGCGUGCAAAGGACGCACGCUGGUUCUCAAAAUCAAGCUACACACUUUUGAAGUAUACACCCGACAGGUUGUCUUGCCGCGGGCGCUGCAACAGGCCAACGACCUGUACGGCUAUGCACUUCCCAUGUUAAGCAAGUUAGAACAGGACAUACCCAACAUGACCGCCAGACUUAUGGGCUUACGGUGUACUCAUCUAAUCGGAAGCAAGCGUCCUGACGCCCUCGCUUUUUUUGGAAUCAAGUCACCGGGAAGCACCGAAACCUCGAGCAACCAGAACCCCGACAACAGAAUAGAGCAUGAGGAGAUAAGGGAACCUAUUGAUGACGACCGCGAGUGGGAGGUUUGGCCCGAGGCGGAGAGUGAUGGCGGUGGGAUUCUUAAGGCAAGAUCGAGGGACUGCAAGGGAGGCUCGGUUGCGCCACCGCUGCAGGGACCGCCUCUGGAGAGCGAGUUGUUAAUCAGCCAGCCGCCUGCCGAACCUGCGGUACCAGAGCCUCGCCCCCACGGCAAGACCAUUACGGCUAACCCAACGAGCAGCAGCAGUGGUUGGGGGCCACUAUCAGAGAAGAAAGAACUGUGGUCGUGCCCUUCGACCAGCCGCGGCGGCGGAGAGUUCCGACGACCACCGGCAAAAGAAGAUCAGUUUUAA